AUGUCUGGCCGUGGUAAAGGUGGUAAAGGUCUCGGAAAAGGUGGUGCCAAGCGUCAUCGUAAAAUUCUUCGGGAUAACAUUCAAGGUAUUACCAAGCCAGCUAUCCGUCGUCUCGCACGUCGUGGUGGUGUAAAACGUAUUUCAGGACUUAUUUACGAAGAAACCAGAGGUGUACUCAAAGUUUUCCUUGAAAAUGUAAUUCGAGAUGCCGUAACCUACACAGAACAUGCCAAACGCAAGACGGUAACCUCUCUCGACGUUGUAUAUGCCCUCAAAAGGCAAGGACGCACUCUUUACGGUUUUGGCGGUUAA